AUGAAACAAUUACAAAACAUGAUUAAAAUGAAACAGCCAAAUAUAAAAGAAAAAAUUGAAUCAAACAUAAUGAUACUAGGAUUAAUCUUCUUGAAUAUAAUUUUCGCAAAAGAAGGUACUUUGGUACCGUUUAAAUCUAAAAGUCUUAGAAUUACUUUGAUGGCGGAUAAUUCUGUGAGGUUCAUUGAUCCAAAAGUUUACAGCGGAAAGAAUAAAAGUGAUAGUUUAAUAAGAUACGAUCCUAAGAAGUACAGACUUUAUAUUGGUGGAGACAAAGCACUUUGUAAAGUAGAUGAAAACUCUCCCAUUGUGCCUACGUGUGUUGACAAAGUCCGAUUUAUCGAUUGGAAAGAGAUCGGAGAAGAUGGUAAAACGAAGUUUGUGACUGAUAAUAAUUUAUGUCUUACAGCUGGUUCCCUUGAUACUAAGACAAACGGAUAUUUUGUGAAUGCACAUCAGUGUAAUACUGAAAUUCCCAAUCAGAAGUUCCUUUUUACUCAAGUAACCAGAGAUGAUUAUACUGAUGAUUCCGAAGAGACAGGAAAGAAAAAGAAAGUUCAAAGAAUGAAAUCGAAAUCCGAUCCUGAUCUUAAAGUGGAACCAACAGACGAUGAACUUGAUUAUGAGCGCUUAAGAGAUAAAGCCAGAAAGAAUAUCUCCGAUUUCCAGAGAGAUGUUGCAGGAAGUAAAAAAGAAAAAGACGUUUUGCUGACUCUGGUAGAUAGGGAACAUCCAUCUAACAAAAGCCACUACAAAACAAAUUCAACCGAAAUGAAGAGAUUUUUAGCAGGAACUGGACCUAAAAUUAUUAACCAUGACUUUGUGGUUGAUAGUGGUAUUAAUGCUAGUCUUUUAAAGGAAUAA